AUGGCGAAAGGUCUCUUUGCGGUCUAUCGGGACGAAACAGCCGAUCCCUCGCCUUCCACCUCGUCGUCUCGGACAGCUCUGUCGACAAACAGACCCACGGCGCGACGCAAGGACGGUUCUGAGGCUCGCGACGGGCUCAGGCGGGGCUUGAAAGUGCAGGAGAAAGAGAACGUGGACCCUUUCGCACGGCGGACAAUCGGAAAGGAUGUCUUGGGCAAGGGGAAGAAGCCGGCUCUCGGGGCAAAGUCGCUCGACGGAAGUUGCGGCAAGGGCGUGCGCCAGCUGGGCGCGAAGCCAUCUGCGACGCUGGCCAAGCCGUUACCGUCGUCAAAUGGCAUCUGUACCGGCAGUCUACGCACGCGGGUCUUGCCCGACUUGCCUCCUCUAGCGCCCGCCGAAGACGCAUCGUCCGGCCGUUCUAGCACCCCUUCUCUCGACCCCUUCGGCGCUCCGCCUGUCGUCGACAUCAACCUUGCUUCGACAUCUGCGCCCUCUUCGCCGCGGACAGCCUUGGGCGAUCGCAGCUUCUCUACCGUCGACUCCGGUUACGCACGGAGUCCUGGCAGGGCAAGCGACGAUGACGUCGAGGUUGAGGUGGGGACGGUCUUCCGCGACGAGAGCGAGGCGGAUCCGUCAUUCGAGGCGGAGGAGGAGCCGGUUCUCGACGAUGGCGAGGCGAACAGGCGGGCGCGAAACUUGACAGAGUCUCCCUUGGCAGAGAUCACGCAGGCCUUUACUGGUCUCGGCGGCUUCUCGGCAGCCAACAUGUCCCCUACGCCUUCGCACGUCCGCCGUCCCGCCUCGCGACCUGCUCCUCCAACCCGCACUCGGUCGUCACUGUCAAAGGUUCCCUCUAUCUCGACUUUGCCACUACGGACGGUCCCUUACUCGACUACAGCGACUACGAAGCGCGUCAAGCCCGGCCAGGCCGCCUCGACUGCACCCAAGACUGCGCCUCCUCGCUCGUUGCGAUUUUAG